CAAAAAUAUGUCUAGUCUUUGUAUCUGUAGUCACUGCUCUCUUAGGAUUUUGUUUUCUUUUGUAGAUCUUUCGUAAUUAAGAAAGAACGUUGACAUGCCGUUGCAAGUUCACGACGUUCAGCAAAAUGUGGUGGAGCCUAUGCAAGUCGAUGCUCCUGCAGAGGAUAAUGAUAAUGCAGAGGAAGAACCAUAUAUUGUAGAAAACCCAACUUUGGAUUUGGAAGUAUAUGCAAACAGCUACACAGGUCUUGCCAAAUUAUACAGGCUAAUAUACAUAGCUGAUCAUUGUCCAAUGUUAAGGAUAGAAGCAUUAAAAAUGGCUAUAUCUUAUGUGAUGACAACAUACAAUGUUUCUCUUUAUGUGAUACUACAUAAGAAGCUAGUACAAGCUGUAGGCACACCUGGAUUACCAGAUGUUGCAGCACAGUCAACAUCUCAAGAUAUGUUAACCUUAGACCAAGCUUGGGUUGAUUCUCGCUCUAAAAAGGCUGCUUUAAAACUAGAGAAAUUUGAUACGGAUCUUAAAAACUAUAGAAGUAAUUCAAUUAAAGAAAGUAUCAGAAGAGGUCAUGACGACUUGGGGGAUCAUUACCUGGACUGUGGAGAUCUUGUUCAUGCCUUAAAAUGUUAUUCCAGAGCACGCGAUUAUUGUACCAGCGGCAAACAUGUUGUUAAUAUGUGCCUAAAUGUUAUUAAAGUUUCUGUUUAUUUACAAAAUUGGACUCACGUAUUAAGUUAUGUAACAAAGGCUGAAAGCACACCAGAUUUUUCUGAUGUACACGGUAAAGAUAAUAACCAAUUUAUAAUCACAAAGUUAAAAGUUGCUGCUGGUUUAGCAGAAUUAGCCACAAGAAAGUAUAAAAUGGCAGCAAGACAUUUUCUGCAAGCAUCAUUGGAUCAUUGCGAUUGUCCUGAAUUGUUGUCUCCUGGAAAUGUUGCUCUGUAUGGUGGACUUUGUGCUUUGGCAACUUUUGAUAGGCAAGAAUUACAGAAGCAAGUCAUUUUUAAUAGUUCCUUUAAAUUAUUCUUAGAAUUAGAACCACAAUUGAGAGAUAUCAUCUUUAAAUUUUAUGAAUCAAAAUAUGCAUCGUGCUUAAAAUUACUAGAUGAAAUAAAGGAUAACAUACUUUUGGACAUGUAUAUAGCACCGCAUGUUAAUGUAUUGUACACAAAAAUUCGAAAUAGGGCAUUAAUACAAUAUUUCAGUCCAUACUUGAGUGCAGAUAUGAAACGUAUGGCAACUGCUUUUAAUAGAACAGUUUCAGAGUUAGAAGAUGAGCUCAUGCAGUUGAUUCUUGAUGGUCAAAUACAAGCCCGUAUUGAUUCCCAUAAUAAGAUCUUGUACGCAAAGGAUGUUGAUCAACGUAGUACGACUUUCGAAAAAUCUAUGAGUGUUGGAAAAGAAUAUCAAAGGCGCACUCGCAUGUUAAUUUUACGAGCCGCUAUGUUAAAGCAACAAAUUCAAGUAAAGAGUCCUCAACGUGAUAGUACUCAAGCAGGAGAGAUGUCAGUUAACUGGAAGCAAUAGUUCAGUG